UCUUGGAAUGAAGGUUAAUGGUGGGACUUUUGAUAUAGCUUUGGUCUGGACUGUCGUUUGCAAUUCUCAACCUAGUUAUGGUCUUCUAGAUUUUCUUCCUAUUUCAUUUUCAACUGCCCCCCAGCACCUUGCUGCAUGGAGGCCUAAUGGAGCUUCUGGUGCCCCUCUGUAUAUCUGCUGUUGAUGCAAUCUUCUGUAUAGACUGCCAUAUUAUGUUGCAAAAACCCAAAGCCUAUCUCACCCACUGAGAUUUUGAGCUCAUCAACCCCUUUGUCUUCUCUCCUCUCUUCUUCAUUCAAGCAGUGAACUUCUCUUUGGAUCUCAGGUGCCUUUUGCCUUGACUGUAAAUUUCAUUAUCGGUGCUGAACGUUUCAUGGAAGACGGCAACAGACUGCAAGUAGUAAUGUUUCCAUGGCUAGCCACGGGACAUCUCAUACCAUUUCUCCAACUCUCCAAGCUCUUAGCUGAAAAGGGUCACAAAAUCUACUUUGUAUCAACACCGAGGAACCUUAAUAGGCUUCCUAAAAUACCAAAACAACUAUCUUCAGAAAUUAUUCUAGUAUCUUUACCCUUUCCUCAUGUACCCAACUUACCAUCCUGUGCAGAGUCAUCUACAGACGUACCUUACACCAAACAACAGUUACUAAAGAAAGGCUUUGAUUUGCUUGAACCACCACUGACGACUUUCCUUGAAUCCUCAAGACCAGAUUGGAUUUUGUACGAUUAUGCUUCUCACUGGCUACCAUCUGUAGCAGCAAGGCUUGGUAUCUCAUGUGCCUUCUUUAGUCUUUUCACUGCUGCAUGUUUAUCUUAUAUUGGGCCACCAUCAGAUUUGAUGAAUAUUGGAGAUCCCCGGUCGAAAGCUGAGGACUUCACGGUCGUGCCCAAGUGGAUCCCUUUUGAAUCAGACGUUGUUUUCCGUUUGCAUGAGGUAACAAAGUAUGUGGAGAAAACGGAGGAAGAUGAAACUGGACCGUCGGAUUCGAUCCGGUUCGGUUUUGCAGCUGGAGGGAGUGAUGUUGUGAUCAUUAGAAGCUCUCCCGAGUUUGAACAGGAGUGGUUCAAUCUCUUACGCGAUCAGCUGUACAAAAAACCAAUUAUACCGGUCGGGUUUUUGCCUCCAAUAGUCGAACAUAACGAAGAAGAUGAUAAUAUUGAUGGUCACAAGUGGGGUAAUAUCAAAGAGUGGUUGGAUAAACAAAAGGUUCACUCAGUAGUAUAUGUUGCCAUAGGGACUGAGGCUUCUUUGAGUGGUGAAGAAUUGAAAGAGUUAGCUCUUGGUUUGGAGAAUUCAACGUUACCUUUCUUUUGGGUACUCAACAAAAUACCUGGGUCAACUAAGAACGCGUUGGAUAUGCUACCAGAUGGCUUUCAGGAGCGAGUCAAGAAUCGUGGGAUUGUACAUGAGGGAUGGGCUCCACAGGUGAAAAUACUGAGUCAUGAUUCAGUUGGGGGGUUUAUGACUCACUGUGGUUGGAACUCCAUCAUUGAGGGGCUAACGUUUGGCCGAGUGUUGAUUCUGCUUCCAAUCCUAAAUGAACAAGGGCUUAACUCAAGGUUGUUGCAUGGAAAAAAGCUUGGGCUGGAGAUACCAAGAAAGGAGCAAGAUGGAUCAUUUACAUGGGCAUCAGUGGCCGAGUCAAUGAGAACGGCAAUGGUAGAUGACUCGGGCGUAUCGUGGAGAAACCGGGCACGGGAAAUAAGAUACUUGUUUGGGGACGUGGAUAGGAAUAACUGUUUUGUGGCAAGGCUUGUAAAUUACCUUACGGAGAAUAAGAAGGCCCGGGUUCCAUAAGAGUCGAAUAGCUCACCUCAUGGAAAUAAACCCAAGGCCGAGAUCUCGCUGUUUGAGAUUUGAAAUGGCAUGCAACUAAUAAAAUACUUGUGAGCUUUCCUUAAAUAGAAUAUUGUGUAUGCUAAUAAAUAAAAAAAUUGUUGAUUUUAUUCAAA